UAUAGCCAUAUAGCUUGUGUUGAGCAGUUGCGGCAGCAGGCCAAUCAGUUGGUGUGCAACUUUGUUUGAAAUCGCAUAAAAUUAUGAGACGAAGCAUUUGCGAAUGCGUGUAAAUACGCGUGGAUAACUAUAGGUUGCUAUAAAAGAAAUUAUAGCAUCUUAAUUAAAUAGUAAAAGUGACAUUUGUUGUUGGCGUAAAGGUGUAUAUAUAAUAUUAAUAUAUAGGAUAAUAUACAUACGAAUAAACAUAAUGAAUUCCAAGCCGUCGGUCAACAGAAAUGUCAAAGAAUUUAUUUUUAUUGUCUUGUAAUGUGAAAGCUACAAGCUAUAAAUGACAACAAUAAUAACAACAGCAGCAAGCAAUCUAAAUCUUUGGCCUCAAACAAAUUGACAUUUCCCUAUUGACACAUAAAAUGCAACUUCAACUGGCCGCUCGCUCGCUAAUUAAAAUACGCUUGUCUGCUUGGCUGCUUUUGUGCCAAUUAGCGACAUUCGCAGCUUGUUAAUUAACGCUGAGUAUCAGCAAUUAAAAUAACAAUAAAACAACAACAACAACAACUGCAACUAAGCAAAAAAUAAAAUGUUUAAACUUUGUAAAUUUACUGCAAAUUAAUUGCUCAUUAGCUCGCCGUUGACGAACAUUAACUUGCGCGUAUAUUAGCAACAACAACAACAACAAUCGUUACAAUCAACAGCAAGCAAUCAUCUGCAAGUCUCACCCAAUUGCUGCAGCUGUCCGCACAGUGACAGCAGCGACUGUUGAUAUAGCCCAUCAGUGGCCGCUGAACGUCACGCGCUUUCCCAUCUGCACUUUUAUUGACCAUCUGGAUUGACACAGUCGUCGUAGUACUGGACGCUUCAGCACUUUGCGGCUUACUUCGCAUUCUACUUUUCUUCGCGGCAUUUACAUACUUGCGUCCGUGUGUACGUGCGUGUGUUUGUUGUGUUAAUUCAUGUGCAUUUUGCAAUCGAAAUCGCGACAUUUAUUUAUUACAAGUGUCAAUGAGUGAAUGUCAAGUGUCGUAGUGAUUUACUUGUGUCAUCGGAUUGCCGUCGGUCGCUUUGAUGCAUGGAACGCGCACGUCGUGUUUGCUUGUGAAAAAUGUUGAGAAUUUGCUUUUAUGUUUGCCUUUUCGUAUUUUGCGGAUUUCUUUGAUUAGCUGCAAGUAGCGCGUUAAUUUACUGCUUCGUAACAAUACACACAUACAUACAUAUAACGGACAGGCGCUGUGUGGUUUGCAGCCGUAGCUUGUGCAACAUUGAAAUAUGUUGUAUAAUGUGCCGUGUUAUCAAAAUUUUUCAACACUGGAUUACUACAAGGUCAAACGUCCCAAAACAGAGCACACGGACACAAAUGAACGAAAUCGCCUUUGUUCUCAAACCACCGCUCAAUCGCCGCAUCAUCAGCAGCAACAGCAACAGUCACAGCAGCCUCAGCACCAUAGUUCACAGCUUCAUCCCCACUCCCUGCCACAUACACAAUCACCACUGGGCGGUGCGGGCGCCGCUUCCUCAGCCGCGUCUGGUCAAUGCAGCCCACUGACGCUGCCACCACAAUCACAGCCGCUGCAACCAACAAUCACUUCGCUGGCGUCACUCAGCGGCCAUUACAAUGCGGCGCCCAACCUGAAUUCAAGCUGUAGCCUAUCAUCUGGCCUGAGCGCCUAUCCUUCACUUAGCUCCGCUGCGGCUGCUUCAUUCGCGCAAUCGCCCGGCAGCAGCUUCUCCACAUAUCAGCAUCCGCAUGCGACGACUGAGGGCGCGUCGAGCGGUGUCGAUGGCUCAGCAGGUCUCGGUAACGCGGGCGCUGCGGGUGUGGGUAGGCAUGCAGAUUUAGGUGUCGGUGUGGGUGGCGCCGGCAGUGCUGGCAUGUCGCACUGGCUGCCAGCUGAGUCACAUUUGACAUCUGUGAAGUCGGAGAACCGUAGUCCGGGUCUCAAUAAUAGCGGCGGCAGCGGUGGCGCAUCUAAUGUGAACGCUGUCGGCGGUGGUUUAGAGACGCAGUCGUCGCUGGGCGGCAGCAAUGCGUCCCAAUUGGAUGGCAGUAACGUGAUGACAGGUAAUGGUGGCGCACCCACUAACAGUUCAAUCUACAGUUGUUCAUCGGUCGGUGUUGGUGGACUGGGUGGCAUGGAAGGUGGUGUGGCGGGCAUUGGCACAAACUCCACCUCCAGCGCUGCUAUGGCGGCGGUGAAUUCUUCAGCUGCAGCAGCAGCUGCAGCGGCUGCGUAUGAUACCAGCAAACACGAUUAUUACAACUACUACAACAGCAUGCAGCAGUAUACGCCACCCUUCUACUCCACCUAUGGUACGCCCUACACGACGGCAGCGGCGCGCGCCGCCACCAAAAUUGAACCCAGUUCGCCGUACUUAACGCCGUCGUAUGCAACUGCGGCAAGCAACAAUAAUUCCUCACAGCUCUAUCCAACCGCUUAUGGCUACAACAAUUUCGCGCAAUUUGGCACAGCUGCCGCAGCGGCGGCGCAACAGGACUAUAGUGGCUACUACAAUGACCAGUACGGCAACUAUUAUAACCCAGCAAGCUACUCACCGUAUGCAGCCGUAAGCUCGCCCAGUUCCAGCGCUGCCAGUCAUGGCUUCCAUGUGGGCGCUUCCAAUUUGUCAGAGAGCCCCACAGAUACACACUCGACCACACCGGUGUUGCAUGCCACACAUUCACCGCAUUCGCCGCUGCCGAUCUCACCAAAUGCCACCGCCGCUGCGCUCAGCACAAACUCCACGGCGGCCGCAACAGCGGCACAUGCCAAGAGUACGCCCACCAGCAAGAGUGGGCGUUCGCGUGGACGACGCCAUCAGCAGCCGAGUCCAACGCGCAGCACCACAUCCGACACACCAAACAGUGAUGCGGCCAAGCCGCCAGAACGCGUCUUCAUCUGGGAUCUAGAUGAGACGAUCAUCAUUUUCCACACGCUACUCUCCGGUUCCUUCGCCAAUCGCUACACCAAAGACCAAAGCACACUGCUGACGAUCGCCUUUCGCAUGGAGGAGAUGGUCUUCAACAUGGCCGACACGCACUUCUUCUUCAACGAAAUCGAGGAAUGUGAUCAGGUGCACAUCGAUGAUGUGUCCUCCGAUGACAACGGACAGGAUCUGAGUAAUUACAAUUUCGCGACGGACGGUUUCCAUUCGGGUGCGCCACCUGGCGCGCCACCAAAUCUCUGCCUGCCGACCGGUGUGCGUGGCGGCGUCGACUGGAUGCGCAAGCUGGCGUUCAGAUAUCGCAAAAUCAAGGAGAUCUACAACACCUACCGGGGAAAUGUUGGCGGUCUCUUGGGUCCCGAGAAGCGCGACGCAUGGCUGCAAAUACGUUCGGACAUCGAAAUGGCUACCGACAACUGGGCCUCGCUGGCCACCAAGUGUCUCAAUAUGAUUGCGCAACGCGAGAAUUGCGUGAAUGUGUUGGUGACGCAGACGCAACUGGCGCCCGCCUUGGCAAAAGUGCUGCUCUUCGGGCUCGGCGGCAUCUUUUCCAUUGAAAAUAUCUACAGCGCACACAAGAUCGGCCACGACACCUGCUUCGAACGCAUUAUGACGCGGUUCGGACGCAAGGGCACCUACGUCGUGAUCGGCGAUGGCACGGAGGAGGAGAACGCGGCGAAGACGUACAAUUUCCCCUUCUGGCGCAUAUCGUCGCACAGUGAUAUACGCGCGCUCUACACGGCGCUCGACAUGGGUUUCUUAUGAAAGACGCGCAGCUGCUUCUGCUUCUGGGUACAUUGCGCGGCAAUAACACUGUAAAAAAUACAUACAUAUAUGAGUUAAAUGAUGACUAUUCUAAUAUUAACACUGCGCUCAUGCAGAUGCACGUAUACUACUUAACUAAGCGAACAACUCUUGCAUGUAAAUUAAAUCAAUAUUAUUGUAGCUAAGCAAAUGUACGCACUAAAGAUUAAAAGACUUAAUCAUUGUAUUUAGUAAAAGUAAAGUAUAACUAUUAAAUUAAUUAAUGAAAAAUAAAAAUAAAAAAUAAAAUAAAAAACAUAUGUAUAACACUAAAAAUUUGAAAACAAAAAAUAUUUAAAAUUUUAUUUGUUUUUGCCUCAAUGCGUUGCAAACAAACAAGAACAAGAUAAUAACAAAAAAAUCUCUUUUAAGUUGUAUUAUAUUUAUAGAACGUGUGUUAACAUAAAAUUUCCUGGCCUAAGCUAAGUUUACAACCUGACUUAAAUGAUAAUAAUUAUUUUGAAAUUAUU